AGCAGUGGUAGGAUUCGUCCCGUUGUGAGGCGGUGCUGUCGGCGAGAGCUCAGAUGCCUUCACAGACCUCAGCAGAGACUUCUGAACAUCUCACACACACUGAAAUUACCUGACUCGAGAGGAGUGCAUUAAACAGAUCUGAAGUCUAUCGGAUGCGCUCCUCUGGAAUGAGCCCUUGCUGACACCUUCCUCCUGGACUCUGUCAUCGUUCCUGAGAACAGGAGUGGUUGUUGCAGUAAUCAUGACAGCAUUGCCGUUCCGGGUCGGACCGCUGCUCUUCUCUGGACUUGUCAUCUUCCGCCUCCUCUCUCUGCCUCUCGUCACGUCACAGACGCCAUCACUCCCAGCGACCUCUGACCCUGAGUCUGUGCCCUCUCUGCCUGAAGAGUGCCGGAGAAAAAUGCACCCCGUUACCUCCUACACAGCUUUGAGCCCGUGGCUGUCCUCUUUCUCUCUGCCUGGAGUGAAUGACUACUCACCGCUCGCACUCGACCUCACCAGGAACCAGCUGAUAGUGGGAGCCAGGAAUCAUCUCUUCCGGUUGAGUUUGAGCAACGUCUCUCUCCUGCAGGCCACAGAGUGGGGAGUAGACGAGAGCACCAGGAGGUCCUGCCAGAGCAAAGGAAAGACAGAGGAUGAGUGUCAGAACUAUGUCCGUGUCCUCCUGUUGAACGGCAGUCGUCUGUUCACCUGCGGCACUAAUGCUUUCAUGCCCAUGUGUACGACUCGCCCUGUUACGGACAUCUCCAGCGUCCUGGAGUCCAUCGGCGGGGUGGCUCGCUGUCCCUACGACCCUCGACACAACUCUACAGCCAUGAUAACUGAGAGUGGAGAAGUCUACGCAGCUACAGUGACUGAUUUCUCUAGCCGCGACCCCAUUAUUUACCGCAGUCUGGGGAACAUGCCGCCCCUGCGGACCGCACAGUACAACUCCAAAUGGCUCAACGAACCUCACUUUGUCUCUGCAUACGAGGUGGGCCGCUUCACGUACCUUUUUCUGAGAGAGAACGCAGUAGAACAGGACUGUGGGAAGACGGUCUUCUCUCGUGUGGCCCGUGUGUGUCAGAAUGACAUUGGUGGUCGUUUCCUGCUGGAAGACACAUGGACCACCUUCAUGAAGGCUCGACUCAACUGUUCCCGCUCUGGAGAUGUUCCCUUCUACUACCAUGAGCUGCAGAGCACCUUCUACCUUCCUGAGCAAGAUCUCAUCUAUGGAGUCUUCACCACCAACGUGAACAGCAUUGCUGCAUCAGCAGUGUGUGCGUUUAACCUCAGUGCCAUCACGCAGGCCUUUAACGGACCCUUUCGCUAUCAGGAGAACCCUCGGACCAGCUGGCUUUCCACUCCCAACCCCAUCCCAAAUUUUCAGUGUGGGACAGUGAAUGAUUCAGGUCCUGGCGGUAAUCUAACAGAACGCAGUCUUCAAGACGCCCAGCGGCUCUUCCUCAUGAGCGAGGUGGUUCAGCCCAUCUCUACGGAUCCUCUGGUCAUGCAAGACAACAUCCGUUUCUCCAGACUGGCUGUGGACAUUGUUCAGGGGAGAGACACGCUCUACCACGUCAUGUACAUCGGCACAGAGUACGGCACCAUCAUCAAGGUCUUAUCCACAACUAAUAAGAGUCUGCGCGGAUGUUACUUGGAGGAGAUGAACAUUCUCCCAGAAAACAUGCAGGAGCCAAUCCUGAACCUGCAGAUUCUGCACAGCGAUAGGUCGCUUUUCGUGGGACUCCCCAGCAGAGUGCUGAAGAUCCCUCUGGAGAGAUGCUCCAACUACAAAACCGAACAGGAUUGUCUGGGUGCCAGGGAUCCGUACUGCGGCUGGGACCGGAAACAGAAGAGCUGCACGACGAUUGAGGACAGUUCCAACAUGAGCCAGUGGAGCCAAGACAUCACAAAGUGCCCUGAGCGCAACCUCACCCAGGAUGGUGGAUUUGGCCAGUGGUCACCAUGGCAGGCUUGUAACCAUGACGACGGAGGUGAAGGCACCAGCACAUGUCAGUGUCGCACUCGGGUCUGUGAUAACCCUCGCCCCCAGUGUGGAGGGAUGAAGUGUGUCGGGGCCAACAUCCAGGUGGCCAACUGCUCCAGUCAUUAUCGGGGCCUUAGAAGGAGUCGCUUGACUCCAGGUCUAGUUGAGGACUUGUUGAGAAUGGGUCGACCUGUGACACGAGUGCAAGGAGCCGCCUGGUCGUCAUGGGAAACGUGGUCUGCGUGUUCCAAAGAGUGCUCCAAAGGCUUCCGCACACGCAAGCGCUCCUGCGCCACACCGGAUGGCAAGAGCACGCUGUUCGCCUGCAGCGGAGCGCCGGUCGAGUAUCAGGACUGUAACACUCAGCCGUGCCCAGUGAAGGGGGCAUGGUCAUGCUGGUCUUCCUGGUCUCAGUGUUCUACUUCCUGUGGUGGCGGUCACUACCAGCGCUCCCGUACCUGCUCUAACCCUUCUCCUGCUCAUUCUGGAGACAUCUGCAUCGGCCUGCACACGGAGGAAGCGCUCUGUAACACACACGAGUGUGAAGGUGGGUGGGGGGUGUGGUCAGAGUGGGCGGAGUGUAACGAGGAGGGGCUGCAGCUCCGGAUUCGUACAUGUGAAAUAAGCUCCGCCUCUUGCCAAGGAAACUCCACAGAUCAGAGACAGUGUCGACCCAAUGAGAGUGCAGUGCUGUCAAAGGGACAGAAGAGGAACAUAAACUGUGGAGGGUUUUCUCUGUUCCAUUUGGUGCUGACUGGAGCGUGCUGUUUUCUGGGAGCCGUUUUGUUGUCCGUCCUGGUGUAUGUGUACUGUCAGAGACUCCGCAAACCCCCUCAAGAAUCCGCAGUUAUCCAUCCCAGCACCCCCAACCACCUACACUAUAAAGAGAACAGCUGUGCGCCCAAGAACGACUUAUACACACCCAUGGAGUUCAAGACUCUGAAUAAGAAUAACCUGCUUCCACCGGAUGAAAGCUGCAACUUCUUCCCAUCAGCGUUACCGCAGACCAACGUCUACGCCACCACAUAUUACCCGUCUCCUUUGGGCAAAUACGACUUCCCUUCCAUGGACUCACCUUGCAGCUACAUGCACAACUGAUGCACGGACACACAUCUCAUGCUUUCUUAGGGCAGUGUGACCACGGUUACGCACCCUCAUCCGUCCAUGCAGAUGCAUUGGAAAAUGCAUGGAUCCACAGGAAGGCUGAGCGCAUAAUCUGCAUCUCAAAUGGUGCAGGAAAAUGCAAAGGAGUGAUGUUCGGAUAAGAUGGGCCCAUGUAGUUUUCUUGUAGCAUUUCCUUUCCUAAAUGUCAUCUCGAACUGGAAGUCACGGGUUCAGCUGAUCACAUGCGUCGUAAUAACUACAGACUGACACUCACAAAGCAUGCACACUUCUUACAAUGCAAAGGAGCAAGAGGAAUUCUGGGAUCAAGUUUAAAACUGUAUUGUGAUGUACUACUUUAUGUGCUGGCAUCUUUGUGU